AUGUUUCUGAUCAGCAGAGUGAUAUUGCGUGCCCUUUUGUCAGUCCGGCCAAUAUUGAAGGGUUUGACCUGCUGCCUCGUCGCCUGCGUCGAUAUUAUUGGAUCGUCGACAUGCAGUCAUGCGUAGUGUCGUUACGACUACGUUACUGCAACGGCUGACUGUACUUCACUCAAUCUCGACUGCAUCCCCGUCAACUACCCAGACGCCCUCAUCAUGGAUCUAAGCCACAACAACAUAUCAGGGCUGGCACCAGACGAUUUUGAUGGCACGUUCAGGAGGCUGGAGGAAUUGUACCUCGACUACAAUAACAUCUCUAAUGUGACGUCACUACUGGGAUCUCAUGAGUUGAGUAGUAGCCUGCUGAAGCUGUCAGUCAAACACAACAUCAUUUCCGGUUUGCCUUUAGAUUGUCAACUCGGCUCUCUCACAAGCCUCUUGCUGGACUAUAACUUGAUAACAACUGAAAUAUCAAGAGUUCCAAUUUGCAAUGCUUUGGAAAGUUUCUCUGCAGCUCAUAAUUUGAUAACCAGAGUACACUAUCCGUUGAAAGAUACGUCUACAUGUGAUAGCAUCAGUCUUCGAUUUAACCAAAUACAAUCGUGCUUGGUGAGAUUGGCUGAACCCAUUAGCACCCUACUUUUAGAUCACAAUGAAUUCCGUUAUUUUUACUUUUUGGUAUAUCCCCCAGCUAAUAUUGCGUUAAUUUCCGUUAGUCAUAACCAGAUUUGGCGUGCCGAUUUCUAUUAUAUUAUGGAGAUCACCGAAUUAAAUUUAAACAGCAAUGUGUUCAAUGACUUCGCGAAUAUUAUUUACUUUAGUCAAGAUAGACGCCUAUUAAAGAAACUGGACAUCAGCAACAACUCAUUCGAUUCCUUAAUUCAACCAGUUUGGGCCGAAGCUCUAGAGUUCUUAAACGCCGACACCAACCUGCUGGCAAACCUGUCUUCUACAACCCUAUCAGGAUUUGCAAAUCUGACAGAGCUACACGUAUCAAACAAUCAUCUCUUACAAGUAUCACCCAAAAGUGCAUUGGACCAUCUCUUCAAGCUACAGUCACUGUAUCUCGAUGACAAUGACCUGACGUCUUUGUUUGUAGGAGUAUUUUCCAACCAGUCUAACUUAGUUGUCCCCAUCACCAACAACCGACUCACCAUUUUACAUCCUGAUUACUUCAUGGGUCUGGUGUCGUUGGAGAGUCUGUACCUCGCAGGGAAUCAACUCACUAGCGUCAACUCACAGAUGUUUCGAUGGAUGCCUCAAAUUCUGACCAUAGACUUAUCCCGAAAUGAGCUUCAAUUUGUCAACUUAGAGGACUGUGCUGUCGACCUGACCAGCCUACAGAAUCUGACAUUGGCUUUUAAUCUGAUUCGCGACACGGCGAGUGUCUUAGGCUACUGUGAAAACCUGCAGUUUCUGGAUCUGAGUUUAAACCUGAUCCAAGUCGUGUUUGCACUGUCAGGGAGGAAUCAAGCUUUGUCUAAACUCGAGCUAGAAGGCAACCCACUGCAGUGUGAUUGUAGACUCACAGGUCUGCGAGACUGGCUGAGUCGCAACCCACCGUAUGUUGAGCCUCGUUGUGAAGGACCAAUACAUGAGGGUUCAGUGAUAACAGACUUGGACAUUCAAGACCUCUCAUGUGAACCUCCGAAAGCCACAGUGGAUCAACAGACUGUGAAAGCCGUGGUUGGACAGACUGCGACUCUCGUGUGUAAAGCUACUGGCAUUCCGGCUCCUCAAAUCACAUGGAUCUCUCCAAACGGGACAGAGUUAAAAGACGAAUGGCAAGGCAGGUUCACUCUUCAACAAGAACAGAUUCUGCAUAUUAUUUUACCAGUGGAGGAAUCUGACCACGGGAUUUUCACGUGUGUGGCCGAAAACGUUUUCGGUGAUGCCGACAGUGCUAUUGUCAAUGUCACCGUUACCGACCCACCAUCUGAAGACUCGAAUCUCUGGCCUUUAUUAGUCUUUGUUCUCCCGACGGUAUUUAUCACCAUAACUGUCACUCUUGCUGUAGUUGUCUUGAUCUAAUUUCUCCGUCGGUGCUGCAAGAAAAGUGUUGAAUCAGAAAACUUAACGCAUCAAAGUAACACAUCGGAUAUCAAAGUUAGUUUCAGUAAGGGUGUCAGAAAGGGUGAUACCACUCAGCCAACCAGUGGUACGUGA